UGCAUGUGUGCAUGUAUACACAUACACACUUUUCCCAGGAGAACAGUGUCACACUAUUGAUAAUCAUUUUUGAGAAAGUAGCACAUAAGUAUGAAUUUGAGAGCUGUUAUCCAAACCUGGAUAACAAAGUGCCUUUAGUGUGUUACAAGCAGUGUGAGUUCCAGCCAGAUUUCACUUCAAGUGAAAUAUUGGAGAAUUAACAUGCAGAAGAGACCAUCAAAGUGUAGUGAAUGUGGAAAAUUCUUUACUCAGAGGUCAUCUCUUACCCAGCAUCGGAGGAUUCAUACAGGAGAGAAGCCCUAUGUAUGCAGUGAAUGUGGAACUUGUUUCCGUAAACAGUCAAAUCUUACUCAACAUCUGAGAAUUCAUACAGGAGAGAAACCUUAUAAAUGUAACGAAUGUGAGAAGGCCUUUCAAACAAAAGCAGUCCUUGUCCAGCAUCUGAGAAUUCAUACUGGAGAGAAGCCCUAUAAAUGCAACGAGUGUGGAAAAGCCUUUUGUCAGAGCCCAUCCCUUAUUAAACACCAGCGAAUUCAUACUGGAGAGAAACCAUAUAAAUGUACGGAAUGUGGCAAAGCCUUCAGUCAAAGCAUAUGCCUUACUCGUCAUCAGAGAAGUCAUUCUGGAGAGAAACCUUACAAGUGUAAUGAAUGUGGGAAAGCCUUUAACCAGAGUGCAUGCCUCACACAGCACCAGAGAAUUCAUUCAGGAGAGAAGCCCUACACAUGUACUGAAUGUGGUAAAGCCUUCACUCAGAACUCUUCCCUUGCUGAACAUGAAAGAACUCACACUGGAGAGAAACUUUUUAAGUGUAGUGAGUGUGAAAAAACUUUCCGCAAGCAAGCACACCUUAGUGAGCAUUACAGAAUUCAUACUGGAGAAAAACCUUAUGAAUGUGUUGAAUGUGGGAAAUCCUUUAGGCACAGUUCAGCACUUGCUCGACAUCAGAGGCUUCAUGCUGGCAAGUAAAACUUGGAAUAUA